AUGUGUUUAUUGUCAUCAUCAUACACAAUAAAUUGUCUGCUUCUGCCAUCAGACGAUCUGAAGCAUGCAGUAAUUGAUAUCAUCCACUCAGGUGGUUUAAUUAAUUGGCUUUUAUCCUCUUCUUUAUUUGAUAUUGUUUUUGGUUUUUGCAAAAAAAAAUAUCGAUUAAGUGUUGAUUCUCUUCGAGUUCGACUUGAGUGA